ACUUCUUUCUGAAGGGACCCAAAAAAAAAAAAAUUCACACCUUCUCUCUCUUCCACCUCCCUCCUUACUGUUCACCCUGCUUUGCAAAACUACUCACAUGGUGCUUCCUUCCACGCACAUUCUCUCUCCUCAAAGAUACCACUCUGGCCGCCUUUCCUCAUCUGUUUGAUUCCACAGCAACUGCAUUCAUAGAAGGAUUAAAAAAAAUUGCAAUGGGGUAUUAUGCAUAUUACAACCUUUGGAUAAAAGGAAAAGGUCGCUUGAGUAAGUGAUUGUUUUUGGGUUGUGGUAGGCGUAUACAUCAUUGCAUAGCUCCUGCAACUUUAACUCAGCUGUGUGUAAUGGAAUCUUGGAGUUAUCUCUCAGAAGAGAAAGGCUAUUUUAUUACUGAUGAGAUGGAUUUUUCUCUGGAAGCUUUCAUUAAAGGCAAAAAAGGAAAAGAUUCCUGUAACUUGGAGAGAGAUGAGUUUGGUUCUAGCGGUGGGGAAGCCAAAAGCAUGGAAGUUUCUGACCUGGGAUUUCAUGACUUGUUUCAAAAUGAGCUAGAUAGAAAUCAUAAUAAAAGAGUGACUUCCUCAACCAAUGUUAUUGCCAUGGAUUCAUCUUUUGCAGAACAAGAAUCUCAGCCAAUGUUUUUAGGUUCUCUGGUUGAAUCUAAAAGUCCCACUUCAUCACUGAUUGAUUUGAAGCUGGGGAGAAUAGCAGAUUGUAAAGAUCCAAGUAGUGAUAAAAUUGCAAGAAGAGCUCGGUCUUCUGGCUCACCAUCUCAGACGCCUUUUUGUCAAGUUUAUGGUUGUAACAUGGAUCUUAGCUCCUCAAAAGAGUACCACAAAAGGCACAGAGUUUGUGAUGCUCACUCCAAGACAGCCAAAGUUGUUGUUAAUGGCAUCGAGCAGAGGUUUUGUCAGCAGUGUAGCAGGUUCCAUUUGCUAGCUGAGUUCGAUGAGGGCAGGCGCAGUUGUCGCAGACGUCUAGCGGGACACAAUCAACGCAGAAGGAAGCCUCAGUUUGAUUACGUAUCUGGCAAACCCUGCAAGAUGCUCCAAUUACAUCAAGGGACCAAAAAUCUGGAGGCUUCAUUUCAGAAGAGACCCCAGUUUGCCUCACAAGACAUGAUCAGUUGUGGCAUAUUGUAUGACCAAACCGAUCUCAGUGUCACACCCACUCAGGAGAAGUUGUCAACACCCUCAUAUGCUAGCUGUGCUCUCUCUCUUCUGUCAGUUCAGUCACAGAACCCGUCAUGCCUCUCAGCAGGAAACCCGGGACCUAGUUCCUGUGCUCGUCUCGCCAUCUGCACGAAUCACAGCGAUGAAAAAGAUUCCAAAGUACAUUUGGGCAUAAACCCUGCGGACAAGUAUGUGCAAAAUGAGUCAUCAUCACAUGGAUUGAGCUCCAUGGAAGCUACCAAGAAGGGAUCCAUAUUGCUAUCUGAUGCUGAUUGUGCUCAUCAUCUUCAGGUUUGCAAAGAUCAUAAGUACCAAACAUCAGAACUACUGGAUGCCACACACUAUGUUUCACCUGAGGAUGGAGCCACUGUUGAUCUAUUGCAAUUAUCUUCACAUCUUCAAAGGGUGGAGCAUCAGAGGAAGUCAUUUAUUCAGCGAGGCCUUUGAAGAGUGCGAUGGAGCUGUAAGCCCAUACAUGAUAUUAUAUAUUAGUUACAUUUAGAUGUAGAUAUCUGUUUCACUGGUUUAUUGUGAUAAACGAUGGCUUGGAAGUUAAAGAAGUGAGAAACUCCUUGGUGAUGAAGCCAUUUUUUUUGUUUGGUAUGGACAAGCAAGUGUAAUUUCUUUGCCCUGCAAUGGAUGGUUAUCCCAGGUCCUAAUUCAAGCU